GGAAGGCACAUGCAACGCUGUUUACAAGUUGACGUCGUUCUGUUUGUCGCACAACGUUUGUUUUUCACGUAAUCGGCCCGUGUUUUGUACAAUGCCUUCCGGCGCCGUGGGUGUCGUAUUGCGAGUGUUUUCGGGAUUUUAAAGUUGUGUUGUGACAGGUGUGUUUUGCGUAACAAAGUCGCAAUGGGCGCUAAGGCUAGCACCGCGAAUGGGGGGCAGAGUCCGCGGGCCAGAACAUUUUCUACCAGCUCAAGUUCUGAUGUAGUGUCGGGUGGUGCGGGUUUUAGCUUAUUACGUGCGAUUCCGGGUAUACAAGUGUCUAAUGAUAGGCAGCGGGCGCGCUCGCUGUCGUCUGUGCCGGAUUUGCAUACAUCACACGAAGCUAUUGCUAUACCUCCGAACUCCCAGAGCUACGAGGCUUCUGCAGCAGCUAGUCCAGACACAGACUCGAGUUCCAAUGAAGAGGCAGGGCCUGUAGCGGGCACUUCCUUGGCCCUGGGAAGGGUUUAUGCGGCGCAUUCUCUUCCUUCACAUAUUUGGUCUCUAAAUGGAAUAAAAUGUCCAGUGUGCAGCAAGUUCGUGCUGCCGGACGACAUCGAGUGCCACCUCGUCAUGUGCCUCACCAGGCCACGUCUCUCAUACAAUGAGGACGUUCUGAGUGACUCGAAGGGGGAGUGCGUGAUCUGCCUCGAGGAGCUGUGUGCGGGCGACACCAUCGCCCGCCUGCCCUGCCUCUGUAUUUACCAUAAGGGAUGUAUAGACCAAUGGUUUGAAGUCAACAGAUCGUGCCCCGAGCAUCCCGGCGACUAAGCGCCGUGCGCAUGAUGCUCCCCGCCACGGGGCACACGCCACGGGGCACAAGCCACGGGGCACACGCCACGGGGCACACGCCGCGGGCCGUAAGCCCAGCCAAGUGCCAUGUCGCGAGUGAUAAUUUUAUACAAUGAACAGACUGCGGCCCACGGGCCUUGUAAAUAUAACUAUGCUAGUGAGAUGUUUUACCAUUUAUUGAAUAAAAACUAAAAAAAAAACAAAGACAAUUACGCGAAAUUAUCAGUGUAUUUAAUUGAAUUUUACAUCGUUAUGGUUUCGUUGUGUAUGUAUUGUAAUUGUAUUGUAUAUUAUGUAUAGUUUCGUUGGGUUGCAAGUGUAGCUGGUUCGCCGCUCGCAGCUCGCCGCUCGCCGCCAGCUCCGCAGUACACAUAUCUGUUGGCUUAUGUAUUAUAUCAUUUGAUCUUUUUUCAUCUUGAUAAUAAAGUUGAUUUGUUUCUAAAUUUU